AUGGUCACGAUCGAAAUCGAUGGCGUCGAAACCCAGGUCGCGAAAGGCUCGAUGAUUAUCGAAGCCGCAGAUCGGCAGGGCAUUUCCAUUCCAAGGUUCUGUUACCACAAUAAACUAUCUAUCGCGGCCAACUGCCGAAUGUGUCUAGUGGAUGUUGAGAAAGCGCCCAAGCCCUUGCCAGCUUGUGCCACUCCCGUGAUGGACGGUAUGCGGGUCUUUACUCAGUCCAAACGGGCGCGCUCGGCGCAGCAGAACGUCAUGGAGUUUCUGCUCGUAAACCACCCAUUGGAUUGCCCCAUCUGCGAUCAGGGCGGAGAGUGCGAACUACAGGACGUUUCAAUGGGGUUCGGACGCUCGGUCUCUCGGUUCUCUGAACAGAAACGCGUAGUGAAGGACGAGAAUCUCGGGCCGCUGAUCAGUACCGACAUGACGCGGUGUAUUCAUUGCACACGGUGUGUUCGCUUUCUGGAUGAGCUGGCCGGUAGUAACGAACUAGGCGGUAUGGGGCGGGGCGAGAAGACCUUCAUCAGUACCUUCAUUGAACGUUCGAUUGAUUCGGAGCUGGCGGGUAACAUUAUUGAUCUGUGUCCGGUUGGCGCUUUGACCAAUAAGCCGUUUCGCUUUUCUGCACGUGCCUGGGAACUGCGUUCUAAGGAGGCGGUUGCUACCCACGAUUGUGUUGGAUCGAAUAUGUAUCUUCACGUGCGUCGGGGCGAGAUUAUGCGAACGGUCCCGCGCGACAAUGAGGCCAUAAACGAAAGCUGGCUGUCAGAUCGCGAUCGCUGGGGUUACAUGGGUUUACAGGCCGAAGAUCGCGCACUGGAACCCAUGGUAAAGCGCGGCGGCAGUUGGCAGGGUGUCGCCUGGGACGAAGCCUUGGAGGCUACCGCUCUGGCGCUGCAGAAUGUUGCGGCUGAUGACCUUGGCUUUCUGCUUUCCCCAAAAUCCUCGUGUGAGGAGCUCUACCUGGCGCAGAAAAUCGCUCGGGCGAUUGGGACGAAUAACAUCGACCAUCGCUUGCGCCAGCGCGACUUCACCGAUCAGGCGUCAGCACCAUUGCGGCCUCAGUUUGAGCUGCCAAUCGGUCAGUUGGACAUGGCCGACUCCGUGCUUCUUGUCGGUUCGAAUAUUCGGCACGAUCAACCCAUUCUUGGCCUGAAAGUACGUCAGGCUCAAUUGAAGGGUGCGAGCGUCUUUGCGGUCAACCCGGUUGAUUACGACUUCCACUUCGAGCUGACCGCUAAGGCGAUCGUCUCGCCCGCGGGAAUGAUCGCUGAGUUGGCCCGAGUGGCCGUCGCGCUCGGUGCAGAUUUGCCGGAAGGGAUAGAAGUCGCAGCUGACGAUCAGGCGCAAGCAACAGCCGCUUCGCUCAAGUCAGCAGAGCGCGCUGUCAUUGUGUUUGGUGACGGUGCUGUCAACCACGCGCAGGCGUCGCUACUGCGUGAGCUAGCUCGUGCAAUUGCCGGCGCGUCGGGGGCAUCCUUCAACGAAGUGCCACAGUCGGCCAAUAGCGCGGGUGCUUGGACAGUAGGGGCCGUACCGCACCGGCGAGCCGGCGGCGAGCUGAUCGAAGAGCCCGGCCUUACUGCUAGCCAGAUGUUGGCGCAGCCACGAAAAGUAUGUUUUCUGUAUGAUUUCGAGCCGUCGCUGGAUACUGCCCUCGGAAGUGCGGCGUUGUCUGCGCUCAAGCAGGCCGACCACGUGAUUUACUGCGGUACGUUCGCUAGCGAAGAAAUCAAAGAACAUGCCGAUGUCAUUCUCCCCCUUAGCGUGAUGCCCGAAGCUGAGGGUAGUCUGAUUAAUGCUGAUGGAGUCACGCAGGUUAUGGCGGCUGCGGUGCGCGGGCCGGCUGAAACACGGUCGGGUUGGAAAGUGCUACGUGUGCUCGGCAAUGUGUUGGCUCUCGAUGGCUUUGACUACAUACGGGUUGAGCAGGUUCGCGAUGAAAUAGCUGCCGCGGUCGAAUCGGCCAAAGUGUCGCGGGGCGAAUUGGCUCUGGCCGCGCUGCCAGUGGUCGAUGGGGUCGAACUCGUGAUAGAGACCCCGAUCUAUGCCAGCGAUAGCGUGGUGCGCCGGAGCGCGGCGCUGCAACAGACAGCGCAUGGCGACAACGGCGCACGCGUCGGUUGCUGCCGGCAGCUUGCGGAUCCAGACCGGCAGCGCGGCGACCAGCAGCCUGGUUGGGCUUGA